AAACAUGCUUUUCCUGUAGUUCCGCUGACAGUAAACAACCAAUGCAGUCCUCCCCACCACACACAGCCAAUAUCUGACAUCGACCAGCAAGUAGCGGGCCAGAACACUGCAUAUCCACCACUACUUCCAUCAGCGGCACCGAAACGGACAUGAACGGAGAGUGAAUGAGCAGAUAGGGAGCUCAGCUCACCUGUCAGAGCCGCGGCGAGGAUGGAGAACAUCGAGGAGCUCUCGCCUCUGCGGAUCACCUCCACAGUGCGAGCGCUCAGCUCCGCACUGCGAGGGAAGCGUGAACACGUUCAUGGCUCCAGCCGAGGGAAAAGCGACAGGAUGUUCCCCGAACCGGAGAAGCUCUGGUUCAAGGAGAGCAGCGCGAAAAACCUGCGGAACCGGGACUUCUUGUCCCCGAGCACGAUGCUCAACACGCUGUAUGCGGACGGACAGGUUCCUCCAGCGGUCAUGUCCCGAGUUCUGUCUCUCCGAGGUGGUGGGGUGCUUCCUGUGGCGGGUGGGGAGGUGAUGGGCGAGGGCUUGAGGCUGCGAGUGGACCGGGUUGCAGCUUUCAGGGCUGUCCUGGCAGGCGGAACCACCGAGUAUCUAAAGCCCUCGAGUCAGAGGGAGGGCUGUGUGGUCCUCAACUGUCCUGCGCUGCACCCUAAAUCCAACACACCCACUCCUGACACGCUCAAUCUGGGCCAGCUGAGAACUGUUCUGCUCGCUGACCACAUGGGGGCACUGUUGAGGAGACAAGGAUUUGAAGUUUACUUCUGCCCAACUCUUCCGGAGGACAGUGACGUCGCCGUCUUCCUCCAAGCUCUUGGCAUCGAUUGGCCGAGGGCUCCCGCUAACUGCGCUAAUGAUGAGCGGGAGGAGAAGAUCCAGAAAGCGCUAGAGAACUCUCCGUACAGAGAAAGGGGAACGGAGAGAGGCAGGAGGACCAGCGGGGGAGGAGGUAGAAAAGCUGCGGAGGAGGAGGAGAAUGAAGGAGGGCUCCGAAUUAAUUUGAAACAGGUUUUCCAAGAGGAGGGGCUGCUAGGGUAUGACCCCACCCUUGGCACCUGCAAAGUUCACAGAGACAGCGUUUCCCACCUGGCACAACUCGAUCUGUCCAUGGCCGACAUCACCGAAACCAUGGUAACAGUGCUACAUGUGACUUCUUGUCAGGAUGAGUUUCGCCAGCAGCAGAUAGCAGUGCUGUGGAGAGCCAGUGGAGCGACACACUCUCAAAGGCAUCUUGUGUGUGGGCCUGUGAAGACCCCUGGUUCUCACCUCACUGCUGCACAGUACCUACAGCUGAGAAAAGGUCAGAUGAAGGAGGCUUCAGAGAUGAAGUAUGGAGAUAAAGUAGAGGGUCAGACCUGGGAUGAUAUCAUCAAAGUCAUGACCUCCGCCACGGUCAGAUUUGAGCUGCUAUCAACAGUUCACACAAGCCCUGUGACGCUGGACGUCCAGAGGGAAGGGGGCGUGUCUACCAAAGGGCCGAGAGGAGGCGUGUUUGUGAUGUAUAACUGCGCCAGAUUGCACACUCUCUUCGACAGCUACGAGAGAGGAGUGGAGAAGGGUCUGUAUCCAGAAAUCCCUGAUGGGUCCCAGUUGGACUUCUCUGCUCUCAAAGAAGAGGGUGAGUGGCUUUUGCUCUUCAAUUAUCUUAUUCCUUUCUCGGAGCUGCUCGACCAAUCGGGACAGUCGUUAGAUUGUGAAGGAGGAGGAGCCAGAGUGAACAUUAAAACAGAACAGAUCUGUAAAUUUCUCGUCUCGCUCAGUAAAGACUUCAGCUCGUAUUACAACAGAGUCCAUGUGCUGGGGGAGCCAUUGCCUCACCUCUUCAACCAGAUGUUUUGUCGUCUCCAUCUGCUAAGAGCCCUGAGGGAGCUGUACCACAGAGCUCUGGAGACCCUUAACCUCCCCCCGAUCAGGCAGCUAUAGCCUCAACAUAACACCAUCAUCCUCACACUUUGCUUCACCCAGUCCGCCUUCUUUCCCAAACUCUUCCCUGUAUGUUGUGUAUCCGGCUGAGAGACUCGCUGUUACAGUUACUUGUAGGGUUUCUGCCCGUCAGUGUUGGUGGACUUACUGGAGCUGAUUAUUUUAUAAGUGUCACCGUAAGAUAGUUGCUCAGUUGCAGAGUUUUGACAGGAAUAAUUUGGCGUUUUGACUGUGUUGAUGGAUGUCAUUCUGACUCAGUCGAUUUUAUUUUUUUCUCUCCAUCUGUUUGGAGAUCAAUCAAAAUGAUCAAAGUAUUCCUUUAGAGUUUUCCAUCAGCACAUCUAGGACCAGAACCGUAACACCAGGAACAGGCUUUUGAUUUCUGAACUUGUUCUCAGAACAGCACUACUGACUCAAAAACACACUGAACCAAGCAGAUAUAGUGUGAUAUUUGUGCCAAAAAGUUAUGUUAUUAUGAAUCUAAAAGUCGACAGAUUUAGCUCUAAAACCUGCCUUAAUGUCUGCAUGUUUGCUUUUUGACCAAGAUUAACUCAAAUCAGAUGAAUUUUGUGUACUUUUAGGACAAAUUUGAUCAAUUUUCAACCUGGAGUAUUGAUAUUGGUGGAUGAUUUUACAUUUUUCUAAUUUACUACAGACUAAAAGUUUAAAUCAGAAUUUGUUCAGUCACAAAAAACUUUGUGACUGAACUACAUCCAGUUCAUUUUUUGCUGCGUCAACUGGAUGUAUUUAAAGUCUUAUGUUUGAAGUUGACGCCAAUGAAACUGGUUGUUAAAACUGUAGCUUUAAAGAAAUGCUGAGCCAAACUGAUUCUAAAUUCAGGUUGACGCCGUUCUUAAAAGUGGUGAGUACAUAGAGCGCUCUGCAUUUACGCUGUGCACGUAUUUAUUAGCACCACUGGCUUAGAAACCUGUAAGAAGAGUUCAUCUAUAGCAUACUACCAUAAGAUGAAACUGAAAAAAUGACAGAAAUCCAACCUUUCAUUAAGAUUAUUUAUUUAGUUAGUUGAGGAAAAACGUUCUAUGAGCCAUGAGCUCCUGCAGCUAGUGGUAGCAUGAAGUAAAGCAAGCUGCUCCUGCGAGAACCAAGCUGUUUACAAUUUAUAGUCAUAGCAAUGAUUCAAGAAGCUAAUAAAGCAAUUGGAGCUGUGAUGCACAAGGCUGGACCAAGACCAAGUUUAUCUCCCUGCCAAGGGAGAACGACGAUAAGGGAGGCAGAAAAAAAAACUUUCAAAGCUCAGGUUUGGGAGAAUUGCAGCUAUUUUUAUUAUCCCCUCCCCCCCCCCCAAAAAAAAAAAUUCAAAUGCAACUUUGUGGCAAAAGUUGAUAACUCGCUCGUUGACGUCAAAGAAGCUUGUUAAAGUAAAGUGGUUUCUGGAAAACUAAACCUUUUUUUUUCUGUUGGUACAGAAUCAUUCUUGUGUCGCCUCUUUAAAUCACCUCCACUUCCUUUAUGCCUGACUAAAGUUUACUGAUUCCAGUUCGUCUGUGUAUUUGUUCAUGCCAUAGAUAUAUUUAUUGUCGAUUAUUAAAAAAAAAAAUGGAUAUCUGUACAUUGUGUAUGUUAUGCACACAAGUCUUAAUCUAGAUGUGCUCCUGAAGGUGAAUCCCCCAUUAAAUCCCAUCUAUCCUGCUGGACAAAUCACAGCCGUUGGUAUUAUAUUGUAUAGUAAGUUAUUGACAAAAACCCUAGCAGAUAUUAGGUCAUCGUGCCACAAAGUUAGAAAAUAUAAGACAUAGCAUGGAAAUGUAUACGUAAAAGUCUUAUUUAUGGAUUUGGGAAGGGGAGACUUAAUCGCUGAACUUCUUUGUAUUAAACUGAUUAUUUUAUCAGUUUCUUUUUGUUUUUUUUGGUUUUUUUUACAUCUAGCGUACUUUUCAAAAUGAAACAAAAUUGGUGUUUUGUGAGCAAAUGCCAAACACAAACUCACAUUUAAAAGCAUGAUUUCUUUAUUUUGACCCAUGCAGACGUGUGGGACGUCUGUUUUACAGACUUUUGUUUGCCAAGAAAAGGUGACAUGAUUUUAUUUGCCACUGUAAUUGCAAACAGUAUUAAAGCAGAGGACAAGCAUAAA